AUGGAUGAUAUUUCGAAUCAUGCACCAACACAUCUACCCUCCCAACUCCGGGAUAAAGAUGACCAUGUCCAUCUAAAGAAAAUUGGCCGAAACAAAAAACGCGUCGCAGUAAUUGGUUUUGGAAUGGUGGGCGUUGCCUUUGUGGAAAAGCUACUCAAGUACGAUGUACAGGGUGGUCGCGAUGAAUGGGAAAUCACCAUCUUUGGAGAAGAGCCUCAUCUUGCAUACAAUCGAGUUGGACUCACUCAGUAUCUGAGACAUCGCUCCAUUGAAAGUCUGCAGCUCAAUCCAAUGAGCUGGUACUCGUCACACGCGGCCAGGCUACAUUACCAUUUAUCGGAUCGAGUCAUCGCUAUUAAUGCAGCUGGGAAAAUCAUCACCACCAUGACGGGCCUUGAAUUUGCUUAUGACGAGUGCAUUCUUGCGACUGGCUCUGAUGCGGCAUUGCCACCAUAUAUGUCCAAAACUCGCUUCGACGAAGUCCAAGGGACCUUUGUAUAUAGAAAUGUGAAGGAUCUUGAUGAUAUGAUUCAAUAUGCAGAGAACUCAUUUGGCACUCGCAGACUCCCUGUUCGCAGAGCCGCCGUUGUUGGAGGGGGCUUGCUCGGGUUGGAGGCAGCAAAGGCACUCUCCGAACUGGAUCAUGUCGAUCGAGUUGUACUGGUAGAGCGCAAUGAUUGGGUGCUAAGCCGACAGCUUGAUCAAGAGGGUGGUACGCUGGUCUUGGAAAAGGUGAAAGCGCUCGGUAUCGAUGUUCUUGUGCGCACACGUAUCAAGGAUAUCACUGUUGCCGGUAAGACGCUCGAUGGGUUGCUGCUUGAAGGUAAUCUGGGCGAACCAGACCAAGUUAUUCAAGUGGACAUGCUCGUGUUUGCUAUUGGAAUCAAACCCCGCGAUGAUCUAGCCGAAGCUGCCGGGUUGAUUGUUGCAGAGCGUGGAGGAUUUGUCGUGAAUGCGCGUCUACAAACCAACCUACCCAACAUCUAUGCCAUUGGCGAGUGUGCCAGCUGGUUAGGUGAAUGUUUUGGCUUGAUUGCGCCGGGGGUGGAAAUGGCAGAAGUCCUUGCGUUCAAUCUGACUGAAGGCCAGCACCACAAACUACGAGACAUGAAGACGCCAGACGUCAGUACCAGGCUCAAGUUGAUGGGAGUGGAUGUCGCGUCAUUUGGCGACUUUUUUGCAGACAAGGGCAAACUGAGCGGACCUCUACCUGGAGAGAAAACAGCAGCUUCAAAAGUUGAAGACCUCACGCCAGACAGCAUCAAAAGCAAGGUCAAAGCACUCGUUUAUCGAGAUCCGUUCAGCGACGUCUACAAAAAGUACAUCUUCACAGCGGAUGGCAAGCAUAUCGUUGGUGGCAUGAUGGUCGGUGACGUUUCUGACUUUGUGACGCUUGUUAGCUUAUGCAAAACUGGGGCUCCAGUAAACAAGCCUCCUGGCGAAUUCAUUAUUGGUGCCAAAAAGGAGGGCGAAGAAGAAGGCGAUGAGCUACCCGCCGAGGCGCAAAUUUGCAGCUGCCAUAACGUAACAAAGGGCGAUAUUGUUAGCUGCGUCAAGAAAGGUAUCCACUCGUUUGGUGCCAUGAAGGCAUCUACAAAAUGCGGCAUGGGAUGCGGCGGCUGUGCUCCGUUGGCGACGAGCAUCUUCAAAGGCGCGCUCAAAGCACAGGGCGUGGAGAUCUCCAACAACAUCUGCAAAGACUUUGCAUACUCUCGCCAGGAGCUCUACCAAGUUAUAAAAUUUAAGAGACUUACCGACUUCACUGCGGUGAUGCGCGCAGCAGGUGUAAAAGCAGACAGUCUGGGCUGCGAAGUCUGUCGACCAGCUAUAGGAUCUAUUCUCAGCUCACUUUACAACGACAGCAUUAUGAAACCAGUGCUGCGUCAGACACAAGACACAAACGACCGUUAUCUUGCCAAUAUUCAGCGCGACGGGUCCUACUCAGUCGUCCCACGUCUUCCUGCAGGCGAAGUCACCCCUGCGGGCCUCAAGACUAUCGCUGAGAUUGCAGGCGACUACAAUCUAUACACCAAGAUCACAGGUGGCCAGCGUAUCGACAUGUUUGGCGCCAAGAAGCAGGACCUACCGCGGAUCUGGGAGAGGCUUGUAGACGCCGGCUUUGAGAGCGGCCAUGCAUACGGCAAGUCGCUGCGCACAGUAAAAUCCUGUGUAGGGAGCAGUUGGUGCCGGUUUGGCGUGGGCGACUCUGUUGGGCUAGCGGUUGAGCUAGAGCAGCGGUACAAGGGUUUACGAGGCCCUCAUAAGAUCAAAGGAGGCGUGUCCGGUUGUGUGCGAGAAUGUGCGGAGGCCCAAGGCAAAGACUUCGGCUUAAUUGGCACACCGCAGGGCUGGAAUGUGUACCUGGGCGGGAAUGGCGGUGCCAAGCCGCGCCAUGCAGAGCUUAUUGUUGAGAAUGUCACACGCAGAGAAGCCGUUCGUGUUGUGGAUAGGUUUCUUAUUCUCUACAUUCGCUCAGCGGAUAAGCUGGAGCGUACGGCACGCUGGAUGGAGCGGUAUCCUGGCGGUCUCAAGGCACUUAGGGAUGUGAUUGUGAAUGAUAAGUUGGGAAUAUGUGCUGAUCUGGAUAAAGAGAUGGAUGUAUUGGUUGGGCUAUACCAUUGCGAAUGGACAAAUGUCGUUAGGAACAAGGACAGCAGCAUGUUCAAGCAGUUUGCCAAUACGGAUGACACACAAAUUGUGUCGGAAAAGAUUACGGAGAGAAGACAGCAGAGACCUGUUGAUUGGCCGCAAGACAGCGCACCGCUGCACUUUAAUGUACUACAGCUUGCAAAAGACGCUGUAUGGGAGUGGCGAACUGUAUGUAAGCUUUCGGUGCUUCAUCGCCAAUCGGACUCGCCAAGCUCAGUUACCGUCAAAUACGGAGAGGUACAGCUCGCUAUUUGGAACAUUCCUGGUCGCGGGCUGCGGGCUUCGCAAAACAUGUGUCCCCAUCGCAAGGCCUUUGUGCUUGCUGAUGGGUUAGUUGGUGAAGAUGAGGAGGGAAGGGAGUAUGUAUCAUGCCCGCUGCAUAAGAGGAAUUUCUUAUUAAAUGCAGAAGGAGGAGGAAAGUGCUCCGAUGAGAAUUACUCGAUUAUGACGUUUGAAGCCAAAGCGGAUGAAGAGGAAGACGCGCUGCUGGUGCUGCUCCCACAGACAGAAGUGCUUGACUCUGUACUGGCUACGGACAAGUGGAUGUUGAGAAAGGCAAAAGAAGAGAUGGAACUGCUUUUAAAUGGCGACAAAAAUGUAUUGGAGAUAUCGGGGCCAAAGGCUGGGGGCCUUGUGGGCGGAGCACCAGGAGGCGGGGACUGUUCUGCAGUAAAGAGCAAUGGCGAUCACGUUAGCGCGUCUGCUUUGGCAUGGUAG